UUUUUUACAUUCAGAGACUUCCUUCUAAACUUUAUAAAAUGCAUAGACCUUCUGCUACUCAACAACAAAAUCCUUCUACGCCACAACAAACACGAUAUGUUAAUGGUAGUCAACAACCACAAACAAAUUUUCCUCGCCGCCCAAUUUUUCAACAAGCACAAUUAACACAGCAAUCUGGACGUCAACAAAUGUCAAAUUUUCUUUCAGGCACGCGGAAAAGGCGCCGUCUGGUUGACAGAGUAAUUAUGCCUGAAAUUCGUCAGCUAGUUCCAGAGGCAGACGCUUACUCAUGUUUGUUAACUUAUGAGCAAAAGUUGGACGCCCUUAUAGCAAGAAAACGUUUAGAAAUUCAAGAAGCACUUAAACGUCCGUUGAAGAUAAAGCGCAAACUUCGUAUUUAUGUUUCACAUUCAUUUAUCCAUGGAAAAGAACCCGAGCAUGAAGGUGAUGAAGGCAUUAUUCCAAUGUGGGAAUUACGUGUUGAAGGUCGCCUUCUAGAUGAAACUCCUUCAAUCCCACAAAAUUCUGCUGCUUCUUUCAAUACUUCUGUUUCAUCAAUUCCAGCUUUAGGUCGAAGUGGAGGUUCCUUUUCAUCUUCGGCCUCUUCUUCGACAGCUGUUCCUCCUCCACUCACAGCCGUUCAGAGAGGAACAUCAACCUGCGCAAAUUCAUCGCUUAUUAUCCAACAUAAACGCAAAUUUAGUUCUUUUUUCAAAAGUUUGGUUAUUGAAUUGGAUAAAAAUAUAUAUGGUCCAGACAAUCAUCUGGUUGAGUGGCAUCGCACACCGCAAACUGGGGAGACAGAUGGAUUUCAAGUUAAACGUCCAGGAAAUAUGGAUGUAAAAUGUACAAUUCUUUUACUUCUUGAUCACCAACCUAUGAAAUUUAAAUUACAUCCACGAUUGGCUAAAUUAUUGGGAAUUUCUGUAGAAUCACGUAUGCGUAUAAUUGAGGCUCUUUGGCAAUAUAUUAAAACACAUAAACUUCAAGAUGCUACAGAUCAUGAUGUAAUUAAUUGUGAUCAUUACCUUGAACAAGUUUUUAACUGCACAAAAAUGCGUUUUAUGGAAGUCCCUCAACGAUUGCAGCAAUUAUUACAGCAACCAGAUCCAUUAGUAAUUCAUCACGUUAUCAAAUGGGAUGGGUCUUCUGUUAGUGAUAAUAAAAAUACUGCUUGUUAUGAUAUUGAUGUUGAAUUAGAUGAUCCUGUUAAGCAAUUACAAUCAACAUUUCUUCAGUCAAACUCAAAUUAUCAAGACAUAAUGGCUUACGAUCAAAAGAUUCACGAAAUUGUUGAUAAUAUAAAUGAAUUAAAACAUAAAAGAGAUUUUUUUGCUGGGUUUUCUGAAAAUCCUCAACAAUUUGUUCAAGAUUGGUUAAUUUCACAAAGCAACGAUCUUAGAACUUUGGCCGGAGCUUCUAUUAAUGAUAAUGAAUUAGAACGUCGAGUAGAAAAAUAUUUGCAACCGGAUACGCAAGAAGGCGUCUAUCGUUAUAUAUAUGGAAAAGUGCAACAAAAACGCUUUGAAUUGGAAUGCACAUUGGGUGUUCGAAAUAAUUAA